AUGAUAGAGAUGGCCAUGGCUUGGCCUCGAUUACUCUUUGCUUUUGCAAUAUGUGUGUUGGCAACUCUAGUCCUCGCAGAUCAUGAUGAUCAUUAUGUUUAUGCAUCACCACCGCCACUGAGCUAUGAUUACAAGUCACCACCGCCGCCAGUCAAAUCACCUCCACCAUAUUAUUACAAGUCACCUCCACCACCGGUAAAAUCACCACCGCCACCAUAUUAUUACAAAUCUCCCCCACCACCAACUAAAUCACCACCACCUUCCUACUACUACAAGUCACCACCACCACCAACAAAAUCGCCUCCUCCCCAUCCAUACUACUACAAGUCGCCGCCACCACCGUCUAGGUCACCACCACCUCCAUAUAUUUAUAAAUCACCACCACCACCACCACCAUCUCCUCGUACUCCCUAUAUCUACAAAUCUCCUCCACCACCAUCACCAUUGGCUCCUCCUCCUCCGUACAUCUAUAAAUCCCCACCGCCACCUUCAAUUUCACCGCCUCCUCCUUAUGUUUCCAAGUCACCUCCACCACCAUCUCCAUCACCGCCGCCUCCUUACAUCUACAAGUCUCCACCACCACCUUCACCCUCACCUCCCCCACCUUAUGUAUACAAAUCUCCUCCCCCACCGUCACCAUCGCCUCCUCCACCGUACAUUUACAAAUCACCACCGCCACCUUCACCUUCACCACCUCCUCCUUAUGUUUACAAGUCACCUCCACCACCGUCACCAUCACCGCCUCCACCAUUCAUUUACAAGUCGCCACCACCACCUUCACCCUCACUUCCCCCACCUUAUGUAUACAAAUCUCCUCCUCCGCCAUCACCAUCACCUCCUCCUCCAUACAUGUACAAGUCGCCACCACCACCUUCACCUUCCCCUCCACCACCUUAUGUAUACAAAUCUCCUCCCCCACCAUCACCAUCGCCUCCUCCUCCAUACAUUUACAAAUCCCCACCGCCACCUUCACCUUCACCACCUCCUCCUUAUGUUUACAAGUCACCUCCCCCACCGUCACCAUCACCGCCUCCACCUUACUUUUACAAGUCGCCACCGCCACCUUUACCCUCACCUCCCCCGCCUUAUGUUUACAAGUCACCUCCACCACCAUCACCUUCACCGCCUCCUCCUUACAUCUACAAGUCUCCACCACCACCUUCACCUUCACCUCCCCCACCCCCACCUUAUGUAUACAAAUCUCCUCCUCCACCAUCACCAUCGCCUCCUCCUCCAUACAUCUAUAAAUCCCCACCACCACCUUCACCCUCACCUCCCCCGCCUUAUGUAUACAAAUCUCCUCCUCCACCAUCACCAUCACCUCCUCCUCCGUACAUCUAUAAAUCCCCACCACCACCUUCACCCUCACCUCCCCCACCUUAUGUAUACAAAUCUCCUCCUCCACCAUCACCAUCGCCUCCUCCUCCAUACAUUUACAAAUCGCCACCGCCACCUUCACCCUCACCUCCCCCACCUUAUGUUUACAACUCACCUCCGCCACCGUCGCCAUCACCGCCUCCUCCUUACAUCUACAAGUCGCCGCCACCACCUUCACCCUCGCCUCCCCCGCCUUAUGUAUACAAAUCUCCUCCCCCACCAUCACCAUCGCCUCCUCCUCCGUACAUUUACAAAUCCCCGCCGCCACCUUCACCUUCACCACCUCCUCCUUACAUCUACAACUCUCCACCAUACUACGUAUAA